AUGAGAAAGAUUUGGAGUCGAAAGGACAAAGACAAGGACAGAAGAUCAAGUUUAACCGGUUCCAGUCAGCAUUACCACAAUGACGGCUCGGGCUCGACUCUGGUAGGCGGAAGAGCAUCCUUCGACCAGCCUUCAAUGUAUGAGCAGUAUCUACAAUUCAGCCAACCGUACGACAGCAGCCUACAUCUGCAAGAGGGGCAAGACAUUCAUCAUCAUCAUAACAACGACAUCUCCUCCAUCAAGGAGGAAGAUGACUCCUCGGGAUCAAACAUAUCGCCGUUCCGCACAAACGCAUCGACGGCCUCGUUGGAAAGAACCCCCACCAAUAAGAGCCAAGCAUCGACAUUGAAUGCCGCCUCCAAGCAUCCCGGGGCAGGGCCCCUGUUGAGAAAUCCAGCUGCCACCACCUCUUCAGUCCCGGCGUUUGGUUACAAUGGCCCCUCGACAAGAGGUCCUCCGCUUGGAUACUAUGGCAGCUCCUCCCUGCAGCUGCCCAUCAGACUAAGCUCGCUAGUUCGACAAGAAUACGAUACCAAGUUACUCAAAAAUGGAUGGAUCAAUGCCAUAGUCAACACCAACACAGACAUUUGUCAAGAAAAUCUAAAACUAUAUCGAGCAGAAUUGAAAGGUUCAUUUUUGUAUCUCUACAAGCCAGCAUCAAGCAUUUCGUCUCGAGGCUUCAAAUUGGACGAUGCCAAUGAAAACACCACCACCAACGAAGAUCCCUACCCUUCUUCUUCCUCUUCUUCCUCGAGCCAUAGGCAGGUUGACUGCUCAAUCAUUUCAGGUCCCACCGGGUAUAACCAAUCUCGCACCUCGAUCGAUGCCAAAGCAAAACCAUUCCCUCAUGACGAUUUCGACACUUCCUCCAUCGUCACCAACACCACCACCACCACCAUCACCGAUAACUACUAUGCAAAUUUCAAGAGCCCCAAGGAAUUCAGAAACAUCAAGAGCAGCAUGCUUCCAAACACACCAGUAACAGCACCAGCGGCAAUUCCAAUAACCUCGUACAUUUCUUCAUCCGAUGACGACCAGAUUAUAACAUUUCUCUCUACGCAAACACCUCACCCUAUGCUCAAGUACGAUUUUGCAAACCACCGAUUUACAAGCAACUUGUUUAGCAACGGAGCAAACUCGAUGGAGGCUAUUAUCCACUUUUACUUUUUCUCUACAGAUCCACUGGAUAAUCAAACAAUUGAAACACUCAUGACAAUAUUACCCAUCUUGCCUGAUUUUGGCAAGAUUAUAAAGUACAUUUCCAAUUACCUCCUGGCCAUAUUUGAAGACAAAUUCCAAGAACCAGUCAAGAAGAACUUGGUUGUGGAAAGAAUGUUGCAACUAUUGCGAAAUGUCGAGACCCAUUUUGUUGGAUUUCUUUUGAAAUCAGAUAUUGCCCCCUAUGUGUUGAAAAUUUUGGAAAUCCUUUCAAUUUACAAAAUCCAUCUCGAUCAAGUGACAAAUUUCAAGCAAAAGAUAUUACAGAAACAGCAAAUGCUCAUUGAUGUGGCCAAUAACGAUCUGCCCAGUUCCAACACUCAACCAUUCAAGGAUUUGUCAUCGAUUGUGUUUAUGAAAGAAAUUAACUUGAUUGAAUUUGCCCAUGCCGUUGGUGAGAUUGACUUGAAAUAUUUUUCAGUUUGGAACCCCAACAUUGACAAGUCAAUGUUGCUCUACUCAUCGACAAACAAGGACUCGUUUCAGGACCUAUUCUAUAAAAAGAACCCUUUGAUUUUCACCAAUGCAACGCAUGUUCAUUACUUGUCGAGAUUGUUGAUCAACCACAUAUUUGUGGAAAAUGCUCUGGCUGGUUCAAUGAGCUUUGCCGUUAUGGAAUUCAAAGCAAGAGUGUUGGAGAAAUGGAUUGACUUGGGUUGCCUCUUGGACAAGCUGGGGAACAUGGCCUCGUGGUUGGGCAUUUCUUCAAUCAUCUUGUCGCAACCGGUUCUCCGACUCACCAAAGUGUGGUCGCUUGUGUCUCCGGACUAUAUCAAACUAUUGAAAAAUGAUUGGUCUCCGGUAUUGUUUGAAUUGGACCGCCGAUUCAUGGUCAACGAGUCGCACGGCAGCGUGGAUUCGGCAAGAUCAACGGGGAACCAAUCCGAAGAAACAAGUGCAUCCAAGGACUCGUAUCAUAUCAUGGCUCCAAGAGGGUUGGGCAAAAUAUACCCAAAGGAGCGCGUUAUCCCCUAUUUUGGCGAUUUGGUAAUUUACAAUAGCGGCAUGAAUGACAAUAUUGACUUGUACGAAAUGGAAACGGUCUGGAAAAAGAUCAAUUACUCCUUUGAUAGGUGGAACGAGUAUUUAACAAAUUUGAGCAACCACGAGGAAAUCAUAAAUUACAAUGAUGAGAUUUUGAGACGAUACGACUCGAUGGGUUUUAUGUUUUCCAAUGAGAGCUUGAACCAAGUCUUGUGCCUUGGAGCUAGGGAAGACGGAUUGUUAGGGAAUGACAUCAAUAUAGACCCAGUGGAUGUAAAGUACAAUUUUGGCAGUUCUCAUCUCAAGAGCAAUUUGAUGCGCUUGAUUGAAAUCAACUGUGACUCUAUUGGCUUGGAACAAGUGAUGCGGUUGUCAAUCAGUUUGGAGCCAGAUCUAGCCGAGGCCUAUUUAAAUGUUGAUACUUUGCUGCCACAUGCAUCCCUGAUACCAUCGUCCUCCUUUGAGCCAUUACGAAACCAAAACCUACACCAGUCUGCCGUGUCGGUGAACUCGAUCGAGUCUCACGGAUUAUCCUUGGACUCAACCCGUUUGCCGGCUGCACCAUUCAAUCCAUUGUCACGGUUGCCCACAUUCAACAAUCAUUAUUUUCAGUUGCAUUUUGCAAAAUACGAUGAACUAGCCUACACGGAGCCGUUGGCGCAACGACCUCCCAAUCUGGCGGUUGACAACCACGACAUUGUCAUUGAUGACGAAUUGACAUUCAGGGCCGACGAUUUUGUAAAUGAGUUUGACGUCAUGAGUGUCGCUAGCAAGAAUGAGAAUGAAGACCAUAUCAAUACUGAAGCACUCGACGAGGACGAAGUGAUUCUGGGGCUAGGAAUCGACGUUGAUGACAUCCUUAAUUCUGACAAGUUUAACAACAUUAUUCCGUCUACAGCAACGAAUGAUUUGCAAAAACUCAAACAACAACUGCCACUGCAACAACAACUGCAACAACAACUGCAACAACAACUGCAACAACAACUGCAACGACAACAACAGCCGACUCCGCCAUCAAGCACGGAAUCCAACUCGGGAAGCAUGCAUGGUAAUGGAAUCAGAAAGAUUUCCAAGUUUAUCCCCAAGUACGCCACGGUGGACAAAUUAAUAGACUUGCUACUCAUUGACUCUAGACAUUUCCACCCUGACGUGCAGUUGGAUUUAUCAGAAUACAGAUUUGUGUUUUUAUUAAACUACACCUCGUUCAUGACCACUAGGGACUUGUUGUCGAAACUCACCCACAGAUUUGUCAAUUCUGGAAACGCCGUGCUCUCGGUUAUGAAAAGGCAGCAUUCGAUGAACCAGGCAAAGGCAUGGACCGAGGAAAACUCAGGCUCGGAAAGGAACAAUCUUCCGCGCAAUUUCCCCAACUGGAGUUUGGACACCAGUAUCAAGUUGGCAGAGUUGGGAACAGUUGACUAUGAGCUUUUACUCCGGAUCCAGAUUAAUAUUUUAAAAGUGUUGAUUGUUUUGAUCAACAAUUUCUAUUCCAAUUUCUCACUGAACUUGGACAAUAAAAGACUCUUGAUCAAAUUGUUGAAAUUCUUCAGCAAUGAGAUUAUGCAGUGGUACCACUCGAAAAAGAUUGAUGCUUCGUUGGAAAAAUCGUUUGAGAGCUUGGUGGCAUACUAUAAAAAGUUGAAAAAAUUGUUUGUUAAAAAGACAUAUCGACCAGUUGAAAACUCCAAAUUUGACGAGUAUUUGAUCAACGAGUUUAAAUUCAACAAUUCGUCAUCGCAAGUUCCAAUCAACCGGAAUUUGCCAAGCCCUAAGAAUAUUUACAAGAUUGAGAAAUUUCUCCAAAAAUUUAAUAAAUUGUUGACGAUUUUCUACAAAGGGAUCAAAUCAGAGGAUUGGAUUAAGAGCUACAAGAUUUUGGAGAGUCUCUAUGAAGCCAACGCCUUGUUUGAUUUCAAGCUUCAGAAGCCUGGAGUUGCUGAAGAGGAAAAUUUGCUCGUGAUUUCAAACGUUUUCCAUUUUUUUGAAACAUUGGUGUCCGAGUCUGACCGGCAAUUAGUCUUGAGAAAAUUCCCAUUGGUUUUCCGCAAGUUGUUCAAGCUAUAUUUCAGGUUCAAGACCUAUUUGUUGAUUCAAUUGACCGAUCCAAAGAUAACUCUUGACGAGAGGUUGGAUAGGAUGAAAACCUUGUUGAUCAUGACAAAGGUGUCGCAGUUGAAAAUGAGCGACAAUCAGUUUGUGUUUGAAGGCGUCGGUAACAUUCCAUCUUGCAUUGAAACUGCCAUUGUUAAUGUCAUUUACUCGCCCGAGAGUCGAAUGUUUAGCAACUUGUGGAUCAAGGCCGCUAUCACUCUCGACAACUCGCGCAUGGGACUGUCGUUUGAAACCGUUGAUGAAUUGAUCCCACUGAAUAUCACCGCUGCCGAUUUGCAACUUUUCUCGGAGCCGCUCUUGCCAUGCUUUGGGUGGAUUAUUGAGAAUCUAAUUGCUGGUAACAAGUGCCCCUCGUUUUAUAAAAAUAUGAUCAAUUUCAACAAGAGAUACCUUAUUUUUAAAUUGAUCAAGGAAUUUGGGAUUGAAGAUGCCACCGGUGACUCAACUUCUCCCGUUCACGAAGUGGCCCACCAUGAAGCUCGAGAAUUUGAUUUUUUGUUGAAAUUGAACGAGUCAUUGGUUACUCCAAAUGCAAUUGAGUUGGCGUUGCAACAGAGCCCCAGCAAGGACAGUAUACCCAUAUUCAGGAGCGUGGUAAAGGAACAGCUGCGUAUUCUCAUCCUUGAUAACCAGAAGAAACAAGUCCGCGAACCCAUAUCUUCUGCAGGACAUACCAUGAACACGUUGCGGAUAAAUACGGGCAAUCCGCCUAGUGGAAUGCACCAACUCACAAAGAAGAAUUCAAACACGUCGAUAAAGAGACAAUCGGUGUCUACAUCGUCACGUUUCAAAAUCAGUGGACUAUUCCACAAGUCAAGACCAUUUUCGGUGACAGUUGGUGGUGGUAAUGGUGGAAGUGGCAGCAGUGGUAGUGGUGGUGGUGGUGGUGGCAGUAGCAGCGACAAAUCAUUCUACGCAAGAGAACUUCCGCCACCUGAUAGUCAAGUUGAGACAGUUUCCAAGCAAAAAGCUUCCUUGAUUAUUACUUUGAAAAACAAAAAGGUGUUCCCCGUGUACAUGCUUCCGUUUAGUUUCAAGAUUGAUUCGGAGUCGCCCAAUGACAACACCGAGUAUUUCUUCCAGGCCACAUCUGACACUGAUAUGAAAGAUUGGUUGAUCAAGAUCAACCACUCCAAUCGACACUGGUUCUACUCCAAAUUGUUGAACUUCAAAACGGGCGGAGUCCACAAUUACAAUUUGGUUUUCGGAAUGCCAUUGAGAUUUCUUUGCAUGAGGGAGCAAUCCGAGGUUCCUCUUGUGCUUUCGCUGGUAUUCCAUGAGCUUGAAACAGGGGGCAGGGGCAGACGCAGCAAAGACGGUCAUCACUUUGACAGUGACGGUGCAUACGGCGACGACCAAUGGGAAAACAAAUCAGUGGGAAUGAUGGACGAAGUUGGGAUAUACCGUAUCAGUUCUUCGAUUUUGGAUGCCACGAAUCUCAAGAAUAGCAUCGACAAGCUUGGCUUUAUCAAUUUUGGAAACAGUGGAUAUGACGCACACACCUUGACGAGUAUCGUCAAGGCUUUCUUCCGUGAAUUGCCAGAUGCGUUAUUGACUGAUCCCGUGAUUGAGAGGUUUUACGAAUUGAGGCAACAACAGCAACAACAACAGCAGCAGCAACAGCAAAAACUGGCAGAAAACCAUCAUGUAAUGAUUGACCAGUACAGGACGAUACUUCAGAUCUUGCCCAAGUACAACUACGCUACAUUGAGAGCGCUCGUUUGUCAUCUCAGCAAAAUCCACGAGCACCAUGCAGUCAACAAGAUGACCUCGAUGAACUUGGCGACUGUUAUUGGACCUGCAUUGACGGAGGCAAGUUCGCUUGAUGUCUUGAUUAACAAUUUUGGAUUUAUGAAUUUGGUUUUGGAAAAGAUGAUAUUACAUUACGACGAGAUCUUUGGAAGUGGGAAUGAAGAUAAUGAUAUGGAUGGUUGUUGA